UGUGCAUGUAGACACACCACCACAAGCAUUUAGGAUGACUGAUCAGGAGACAUUGAAGUCUCCCAGCCAUGUUACCUAUCUAGCAUCAUCACUAUACCAGCUUCAGCAGCAGGGACAUCUCUGUGACUGUACCAUCCAGACAUCCCAAGCUAGCAUUAACGUUCAUCAAGUAGUGCUGUUGGCUAGUGGCAGUCCUUACUUUAGAAAACAACUCUGUACAGAGGUGAAGGAUGAUUCAGUGAGUCAGUCCCAUUCUGUCCUGGUCAAAGAUUAUGAUUUCUUUGAUGUGCAGACAGUGAUACGUUUUUUAUACACAGGAGAGAUGCACCUUACAACAUGCAGCAUAGAAAAAAUUCUUGCUCUAUGCAGUCUCUUAGGACUUGAGAAAGCAACUAAACUCUGUCAUGAAUUCAGACAAAAAAACAAAUGUAGUAUCAACAGAGAAACAGUGAAUGAAUCAAUACACUUUGGUACAGACCCAGCGAUAGUAAAUGAUGUUAGACCAUCAGAGGGCAUUGUCAUGAUGCCAAGACAUAUGUUCCAUAAUGACCGGGAUAGUGUGGCAACGAUCACUACUGAGAAACCUGGCAGGCCACCUUCAACAGGUAGUAAAGUGGAGAGUCCUAUGGUGGAGAAAAAUUGUCAUAAAUCUACUGAUUCGCAAGUUAAAACAUUUUGUAAGUUUGAGGAAAUGCACCAGAAGGAUUCAGGCUCUCUUCUAAGUACAAAAGUAACAGGGUCUGCAGCACAAAACUUAAAGCCAAAUCAUCAGUUUACUCUAAGGUCUGAGGCAAAGUCUCAGAAAGCAAGGCUUGGGAUUCAAAAAUCUAGUAGGAUGAAGACAGCACUAAGAAAUGGAAACAAUAAGGAUCUGAAGGAGGUCAAAAGAAGAGAAAAACAACUGAAAAGAAAAGGGAAAACUUUGCAAGAAAUUGUUCCUGAUCAUGUAGAUAGAAGGCAAGCAAAAACAACAAGACAUACACCAAAGAAAAAGACUCCUGAUUGUGAUAAUCAGGAAAAAUUGUGUCAGAAUUCAAAUAUAACUAAAAUUUUGCCAAAAACAGGUAAAAAUUCAAAUGUUAGCCAAGCUUUUAAGACAACAGUAUGUAACUCUGAUACAGACUCUAGAUUGGAAGAUGAGAAACAGAAGAAACCAUUUGUUUUGAACUUUUGUCGCUUCUGUAGGAUCAAGUUCAAAGACAAAGAAAAGUUUCAGGAACACAAAAAACAACUUCACUUGUUUACUUGUGAUGUGUGUGGUUGGAGUUCUAAUCGUGGUCUUAAUCUAGCUUCUCACAAGUACAACCAGCAUGGCAUUCACCACAGACCAGACAAGUAUCCUCUUCAUCAAUGUGACCAUGCCGGCUGUGGUUUUAAAUCCAUCUUGAAGCAUAACAUUACAGUCCACAGAAAGAUACAUUCCAAGGAGCGCCAGUUUCAGUGUGAUUUGUGUAACGCAAGCUUCAAGUACAAGUCCCAGUUGAUUUGCCACAGAAAAACACAUGAUCCAGAUAAUCUCUCCUUCAGGUGUAAUGUAUGUGAGAAAGCAUUUCCUCGUCAGUCACUUCUUAAUGCCCAUACUAAAAAUGUUCAUGAGCAGAAUGAACUUUGUCACCUCUGUCCAUGGAAGAGUUCCUCCCGUCGAGAACUGCACAUUCACCUUUAUCGUGUACACAACACGCCUCUGCCAAAGAACUUUAAAAUAUUCCAGUGUCAUCACUGUGAUUACUACACCUUCACCAGCAUCAGCUACAGGAGUCAUCUGGACCUUCAUUCUGAUAAUAAUUAUAAGUGUAAGGAGUGUGGAAAGUUACUGAAAACAGAAAUGAGGCUGUAUGUCCAUGAGCGGAAACACAAAGCGGAAGUAAAAUUGAUUAAUUGCUCCUAUCCAGAUUGUGACUACAAAGCCAAAUCAAAAGCAACAUUGAAAAUUCACCAGGAUGCAAAGCAUUCAGACUAUAAGCCAUUCCAGUGUCAUAUUUGUGGCUUUCGUUGUAAACUGAAGGGCAACUUAGACAAACACUUGCGUAAUCGUCACAAAAUGGAGGUAAUGACAACCACGAAACUCUGGGAUAAAGUCAUGAAAACUGGCCAGGGUUACAACAGCAUUGUUGACAGACUCAAAUCCUUCAAAUAUAAAGGAGCUAUUGGCAUGGCAAACGAAGGUGACAUAGAGAUAGAACCAGAAACAAAUCUUGAACAUGGGAAGGAAAUUGUGCAGAAUAAUUGCCAUGUGGUAUCAACUAGUUUCUCUGAAUUAAAUGCAGUUGUGAACGAGAUAGCAAAUACAUCUUCAGAACAAUGUGUAUCUGACGGGCAUUAUAGACAAGAUAAUAAAUGUUUGGUGAAGGAGACUGAAAUACCGACAAGAAAUAGACGUACACAGAAAUUAACAACUGUAGAAGAGAAGUGCAACCUAGAGCAGCACCUCAUAACAGACAAUAAUAUAAUGUAUUCAAAUAUAGAUAUAUCCCUAAGUACUAAUGAAUCAGACUUUGUGGGCACUGAACAACAAUUUGUAUUGGGAUUCAGUCCGAAUAUUUAACAUUCGAUAAGAUGUUUAGUGUUUAUCAACAUUUUAUGUGCGAGUAGUGUUCAUCCUGUCAUUACAUUAUCUGUUGCAUUC